AUGGCCCCGGCGCCUGAGCAAAUGUCGAUGGAGGAAGCUGGCAGCACCCCGCUGGCCCUACUCACGGCGUACCAGAGUAUGAAGGAUGCCGGCUACUCGCAGCCCGGUUGCGGCCGAGGGCAAAGGAUCCUCGUGCACGCCGGAGCUGGAGGCGUGGGGCAUCUUGCGCUGCAGCUGGCCAAGAUCUACGAAUUCGAGGAGAUUGUCACAACCUGCUCUGCUGCGAACGAAGAGUUCGUGAAGAGCCUGGGGGCCACGACCAUUGUGGACUACAAAACCGAGGACUUCGUCACGAAGUACGCCAACAACAAGUUCGACCUCGUCGUGGACCCCGUGGGUGGCGAUCCUAUUGGCUGCUGCUGUGCUGCCCAGAGCCCCGGACAGGGUUUAGGGUUUAGGGUUUAG